GAACGCGAGGUAUAAAAGCGGCACGGAUCCGGCCGGUUGCGCAUCAUUUGAACUUGUGGGAUUCUUGCAUAGGGGAUUGCCGAUCGCUCCUGCUCCGACAUGCACGCCCUGGUGAAGGCUGCUCUCCUGUGUGCGGCUUUUAGCUUUUGCCUGGGUGGUACCCCUCGCCUUGGUAGCAGAGCCUUAGUACUAUUCAAGAAUCUUCCCAACCAGAAGCAGCCGCAGCACAACCAGCAACAACAACCGCAGCAAGUUCUAAACAAUGGUUACGGACCCGCCAUGGUCCCUUCCGUAUAUCCGGUGAAUCCCAUGUUUCCCAGGGGCCCGGUGUUCCCUCAUCCGCCUCCUUUCCUGCAGCACGUCCAUCCAUUCCUGCCUUACGGACCACACAUGCAGCCGAUUCAGCCUAUCCAAAUGUUCCCUAUCCAUGGACCGGGCAUAAUGCAGGCUCCUAUGCACCUACCACCACCUGUCCACCCUAUGGUCACUCCCAUCCAGAUACACAGUAUAUCAGGCAAUACGGGGGGAAAUGUGGCGACGGGAUUAGCUGCUACGCUCCCCACAAAUUUGGCGAGUGCAAUCUCCGGAGGAGGCACCAUUUCGGCUGGUCCUACAUACCUUAUCCAAGAGCUGAGGCACCACAACACGCCAUCUAGCAGCACUAAGGGUCAGACAAAUCACAGCCCCGGUGGCAGCAAUCUGAACACCCAGCAGCCAGAAAAAAUUCUCUUCCUCAAGGACAUUAAGGCAUUUAGCGCGCCCAUUCCGGCGGCUAAGAACAAGAAACUUCUGCUGCCGACUCCGCAAGACUCGUUCAAGAACCUCGGCCCCGAGAUCCUACCCCCCAUUGUGCUCAAUGCCAAUACGCUUGCUCAGCUCGGUCUGGGUGGCCUGUCGGGCCCUGUCACCGGUGGCCUCCUGCCCGACGGCGGGCAAGACGGCUUACAUCUAAAGGGAGGGAACGCCAUCUGGUGAUAGCCUCAGAUGGACGUAACGAUGCGCGGAUUUCGUCGAGCUGCAAGUAUGUGUGUCUAGUCUCGUCCCAGUCACGUCCCAGCAAUGUGUUUGUCAGUAUUUAUGGCAUUUCCUCUUGAGCCACUUUACAAGGGCAAGUUAAAUUUUUGGAUAAACUCAUACAGGCAUAUCCGUCUGCUAAUGUCAAGCAAGCGCAGCAGAAUAAUU